AUGUCAUUCACAACAGGCGACCAGCCAAAGGUAAUCGCCCACCACGCCCCCAUCACCGCCUCCCGCCAACCAGCCCUCAUCCCCCCCUCCUCCCUCCCCUACCCCGGUACCGCCCGUGCCCACAAGGCAUCAACUCCCUCCGCCCCCAACGGCACCGAGAAAUUCAACUACCACAUCUCCCAACACCGUCCCCGCCGCGAUGUGUCCGAGAUGUCCGUCAUGCAGCUCCAUUGCGCAUUCUGGGACCCAGAUAACGAUGGGAUCGUGAACCCGUGGGAUACGUUUAUCGGAUUCCGUGCGUUGGGGUAUAAUUUGUUGUUGUGUGUGAUCGCGGUGGUCAUCAUCCAUUCCGGCUUCUCCUACCCCACUCGUCUCCACCACUCCUAUAUUCCCGAUCCUCUCUUCCGUGUCUACCUGGAUGGGAUACAUAAGGCGAAACACGGCUCCGACACAAACACCUACGACCCCGAAGGCCGUUUCCGCCCCCAACAAUUCGAAGACAUCUUCGCGAAAUAUGCCAACCCCGCAACCCCCACCAAACUCUCCAUCCGCGAAGUGUUUAGCAUGCUAAAAGGUCAACGCGUAGUCCUCGACCCCUUCGGCUGGGGAGCAGCGAUUUUCGAGUGGUAUGCGACGAUCGUGCUCAUUGCGCGUGACGGGUAUAUUGAGAAAGAAGACCUGCGCCGAAUCUACGAUGGGACGCUCUUUUAUACGAUCGCUGGGCAGAAUCGAACCCAAGAGCCGUGGAAGAAGGGGUUU